UUGACUUUAAGCUAAUGAGGGCAUCAUUCUUUGUGAGUUUCUUUAUUCCUCACUAAUUUGUUGCUUUUCAUGGCUACAAUCAAUAAUAUUGCAGAAACAUAAAAUAACACUUUAAAAAUCACUUAUUCUCUGAUGAAACACUUAAUUCAAGCUCUGAGGAAAUCAGAACCAGAAUUUUACAUCAUUCAACUGCAAAGGAGUGUUACCACUUAUCUAACACUCCUCCCAGUGUGACUCUAGCAGGGCUCUUGUCAUUACCUACACCGUUUGUCAACUACAUCAGUCCAGUUUUCAUACAGCACAGGCCCUGAGAUCUCUCAGCUGCUGAGAUGAAUAACCAAAGAGAAAACCUCUCAGAACCAAAUCUGGUUAAGGACUCAAGAAGACAACAGUCAAAAGAAAAGCUCAUUGCUGGGAUUUUGGGAAUCACCUGCCUUGUCUUGGCCUAUAUUGUAGCAAGAAUGAUAAGUUCUCUUCCCUGUAGUGGAACACCACAGCAGAACAAUUCGUACCCUGUUACAAGAAUCCAGAAAUUUGAUCCAUGUGGUCAUUGUCCAAAAGAGUGGAUAACAUAUUCCAACAAUUGUUAUUACAUUAGCACUGAAAGAAAAUCAUGGAAUGAGAGUUUGUUGUCCUGUGCACCCCUGUCCUAUGUUUCUAAGAACUCUACCCUGCUCUACAUAGAGAAUGAAGAAGAAAUGGGUUUGCUCGGCCUCUUCACUUGUUCUUCAUGGAUUAGUAGAGUUUCCCAGAAUAUCAAUAUUAAUUCACCUCUGUGUCCAAAAGCCUUGGCCUUCUUUCCGUCAUCAGUUUUUUCAGCAAGUGACAAGAAUUGUUCAUUUUUCAGCUUUGACUCAAACAUAAGAUCUUUUGAAAACUGUUUAGAUCUAAAAAUAUAUGUUUGUAAGCAUUGGGCAUUUUAG